UAUACUAUUAGGUCUAUGCUUUUAACCUCUCAUCAUACGGAUAUAAACAACGUAAAAAAUCAUCGUUUUCAACAAAAUGAAAGGAUUUUAUUUCCAGGAAAAGCGUAUAACCAGUAUUGAAGAACUUUAAAUUAAAUAGAGUGUUUACCGAUUUUAUAAUUCAUCAUUUAAAUCCAGAUCUACACCUACCAAAAAUAGAUAUGGGUGAACAUUGUAUUGUUAUUGAAGAUGCUGAUAUUGAUGAAGUGAAGUUAGAAGAAAAACCAGAGAUCAUAGACAUAUGCGAACACUUCAUAGAUGAAGAAGGAGUUUACGAUAGAGAAGAAUUUGUAAUAAAGAACGAAGGAAGUUGCACGAAUUUCUCAAAUGUAGAAGUUGAUGCAAAUCAGUCAACUGCCUUUUUCAACAAAAAAAUCUCUCAAGUAUUUGAUCCCACGACCAUCAAAUCUGAACCGGUUCACUUGGACCAGUGUGAAUUUCCUAAAUGUCACUUGGUUGGUGCAAGGGAAGAAAAAUAUCUUGAUGAACCCAUACAAUAUGAACAUACCGAUCAUACAUACUGUAGUAAAUAUGACGAGAAAUGUCAUGUCAAAUCAGAAAUCUUAGAAUUUGUCGAACAAUUUAUAGACAAUGAAGGAGUUCAUGACAGAGAAGAAUAUAUAAUUGAGAAUGAAAAAAUGAACUCAAAUUCCCUACUUAUUGAAGACAAUUCAAAUCAAUCACCUGCCUCUUUUAACGAAGAAAUGCCUCCAGUAUUAGCAACAGGCAUAAAAUCUGAUAUGUUUAACUUAGGAGUUUUGGACACUUGUGAACAAUUUAUAGACGAAGAAGGUGUUCACGAUAGAGAAGAAUAUAUAAUUGAAAAUGAAAAAAUUAACCCAAACUCCCUAAUUAGAGAAGGUGAUGCAAAUCAAUCACCUGCCUUUUUUACCAAAGAAACGCCUCAAAUAUUUGAUAUAGAGAAUGAUGAAGCUCUUCCUGUGACUAUCAACAAUCAAGAGUGUCAUAUGUGUGAUUUUGAGACCAAUGAUGAAAAAGACCUUGCGUUACAUAUCAAAUCUGUUCAUUCGAAUAUUAAGUGUCAUUUAUGUGAGUAUGUUACUAGCAGAAAAAGGGACUUUCUAAUGCAUGUCGAGCAUGUUCAUCUGGAUAGAGGGAAGAAACAAGAAUGUUACAUUUCUGGAUGUGCUGCACAUUUGGAAACAACCCUUAAUCUUCACAUGAAAUCUGUUCAUUUGAAAACUAAGGAACACAAGUGUCACUUAUGUGAAUAUGCUUCAAGUGAAAAAAAUGUUCUUGAAAAACAUAUAAUAUCAGUUCAUUUGAAAAUUAAGGAUCACAAAUGCAACUUAUGUGAAUAUGCUUCAAGUGAAAAAAAUGUUCUUGAAAAACAUAUAAAAUCAGUUCAUUUGAAAAUUAAGGAACACAAAUGCAACUUAUGUGAAUAUGCUGCGAGUAAAAAACAGACUCUUCAAAGGCAUUUUGACACUGUUCAUUUGAAAAUUAAGACGCACAGGUGUCACUUAUGUGAAUAUGCUGGGAGUGUUAAAGAGGCCCUUGAAAGACAUAUAAAAUCAGUUCAUUUGAAAAUUAAGAAACACAAAUGCAACUUAUGUGAAUAUGCUGCGAGUGAAAAAGAUACUCUUCGAAGGCAUUUUGACUCUGUUCAUUUGGAUAUUAAAAAACACAAAUGUCACUUAUGUGAAUUUGCUACGAGUGCAAAACAGACACUUGAUAGUCACGUGAAAUCUGUUCAUUUGAAAAUUAAGACGCACUGGUGUCACUUAUGUGAAUAUGCUUCAAGUGAAAAAAAUGUUCUUGGAAAACAUAUAAAAUCAGUUCAUUUGAAAAUUAAGGAACACAAAUGCAACUUAUGUGAAUAUGCUGGGAGUGCUAAGCGUGACCUUGAAAGACAUAUAAAAUCAGUUCAUUUUAAAAUUAAGGAACACAAAUGCAACUUAUGUGAAUAUGCUGCGAGUAAAAAACAUACUCUUCGAAGGCAUUUUGACACUGUUCAUUUGAAAAUUAAGGAACACAAAUGAUAAAAGUAUUAUCCAGCGACAUGUCAACUCUGUUCAUAUGAAUAUUAAGAAAUACAAAUGUCACUUAUGUGAAUAUGGUUCGAGUGUUAAGAAUAGACUUGAGUAUCACGUGAAAUAUGUUCAUUUGAAAAUUAGGGAUUAGGCAACACAAGUGUCAUCUGUGUGAGUAUGCUGCAAGUACAAAAAAUGUCCUCAAAAAACAUUUUUACUCUAUUCAUUUGAACAUCAACGAGAUAUUAAUGUCACUCAUGUGAAUAUGAAUAAUUCAUUGGAAAACUGGUAACAGGUGGGGACAUGUUACAAGCAUAAACGAUACUUAAAUAGUCGUGGAAAAUCUGUCCAUUCAAAUAGCAAGUAACAAUUUUCAGUAAUGAACUAUACUGUAAAUAUAUGAGGUUAUUUUUAA